UCACAUUAUGUUUUAAGUAUAUAUAAGCAUACAUACAUACAUAUAUACAUACAUACAUAUAUACAUACAUACAUACAUUGGCGAAGCAAAGAUUUCACAGAAAGUUACACGUAGAACGCAGUGAAAUACAUACAUACACACACGCGUAUACGCAUACACACACAUUGGAAAAAAAUAUAUAUAUAUAUUCAUAUAUAUGCGAUCAUCUAUCUAUCAGUGCAUAUGUAUGUGUGUAUGUGUAAACAUACACACACACACAUAUUGUAUUUCGGACGACAAUGCUGUCGACUUUACAAAACAAAAGGAAUUAUGGAAUGCUUUACCUGUUCAUGGUCUGUUUCAAAUGCUUCACGCCCGCCUCAGUCCUCGGGCAGCUUGAUCUCUCAGAUGAACCUGAGGUGAAGCGAUAUGCCCCGGUCAUCACGAGACCACCGAAGAACGCAACAGUUCUUUUGCAGCGGCGUUACGCUCUACCGUGUGAAUCGUCAGGAUUUCCGAAACCAAAGGUCACGUGGUUCUUCAAUGGAAAAUCGCUCAAUUCCAGAGCUUCCAAUUACCGCAUAUCCCCCAGAAGUGGGGCUUUACGAUUUUCACGAGUGCGUGUCAGUAAUACGGGGGCCUAUCAGUGCCAGGCCCGCAAUAAACUAGGUAAAGUCAUGUCAGAUGUCGCCAUAUUCACUGUACACGCACCAGCCACAUUCGUAGAGAUGCCUAGGGACCGUUUUGUAACGUUUGGUUCCAAAAUCCAGAUGCGAUGUGUUGUGGCAGCAAUUCCUACCCCAACAAUACAUUGGAGCAGAAACGGUGCUGUUAUAAAAAACCCACGGAACAUGACACAAUCACGUAGCGACAGUGUCGUUUUUAUUAAUGUGAUUUGGUCGCCGAAAGUUGUCAAGUCCCUAUUACAUAUUUAUAAUGCUACCGAGGAUGCGCAAUAUGGAUGCCAUGCUUCAAACAAUCAUGUCGGAGGACCGUCUAAUAUUGUCCAUAUAGCUUCAGUUAAUAUACGGCCUUCCGACGCUGACAAAAGGUCAAAUCACGGAUAUUGCGCCCCUUACAAUGGUUCAGUUUGCAAAGAUAUCCUGAGCUCACACAUGGUAUAUUUCAAUACGUCAUUUGAGAACCCUGCCCAACUACACGAGGAGAUUGUCAUCAACCUCUUGAUCGAAUUCGACAAAGGAGUCAUCAUAAACAGGGCUUUAUGUAGGGAGCCGGCCAAAAAACUCCUCUGUCAUUACGCCUUCCCUAAUUGUGAUGAAUCAAAAACGGCCCCUUUGCCGCUUUGCAAGGAGGACUGCAUUGCAGUUGAGGUUGUGUUCUGCUACAAAGAGUGGAGCGUCACCGAAGUGGAUAAGAAAUCAAACAAAUUUAUAAAAAAUCGUGCGCAUUUUCGAUUACCCGUGUGCGAGACGUUACCGAGCAGGCGCAGUAAUUUCCCAACGUGUUCAGAAGCAGGCAUGUUUGAAAGAAAACCUGAAGAAGUGACUAGUGAUUGUUACAUUGGUAAAGGACGUUGGUAUAAUGGGACUGUGAACACAACUAAGACUGGCCUUACUUGCCAAUCUUGGUCAGUUGACUAUCCCCAUUCACAUCGACGUCAUCCUGAUAUAUUUGCAGAAUUAGAGAAUUCUGCAAACUAUUGCCGAAACCCCGGAGGUGACAAUGAUAUGCCCUGGUGUUAUGUUAACGACACAAAUUCUCGUUGGGCAGCUUGCAAUAUUUCAAAAUGUAAUACCAACGCAGUUACACCAUCUUCAAGGCAUAAACCAACACGUUUAUCCCUGAUGAAUAUUUUCAUCAUUACAGUUGUUGUAUCUCUUGGAGUAAUGGUGCUCGCAGUGAUCUUCAUCCUCUGUUACCAAGUGUUCUUUGGUAGUCAAGGUACGAAGUACAAAUCAACACCUCAAGAUGAUCUGGAUAUUGAUUUGGACAGAUUACCGCAAAAUAUGUCUUACCAUCGCAUGAAAGGUAGCAGAAAAAAUGCGAAAAUCGAAGCCAUGGAGUACCCACGGAAUGACAUUCUUUACAUAAGGGAUAUAGGCCAAGGUGCAUUCGGCCGUGUAUUUAAAGCCAAAGCUGCCAAUAUAGUGAAGGGCGAAGAAUUAACUUUGGUUGCAGUGAAAAUGCUCAAGGAUGAUGCCUCUGAUGAUCUGAUGCAAGACUUUGAGCGUGAGGCUACACUUAUGGCAGAGUUUGAUCAUCAAAACAUUGUGAAACUUCUCGGCGUAUGUGCCAUUGGAAAACCUAUGUGCCUUUUGUUUGAGUACAUGACAAAAGGGGACUUAAACGAAUUUCUUCGGCUUAGCAGCCCAGAACAGUUUAUUGUCUAUCGAAGGCCUGUUGAUAAGACAGAUACAGAUAGACCAAAAAUCGAUCACUGCGAUUUGUUGUUUCUUGCAAAGCAGAUAGCAAACGGAAUGGUUUAUGUUUCAAGUAAAGGUUAUGUCCACAGAGAUCUAGCAACGAGAAACUGUCUUGUAGGAGAUAAUUUGACUGUAAAAAUAUCGGAUUUCGGUCUUGCUAGAAAUGUCCACAGUGUAGACUAUUAUAAAGGCAGUGAACAUGAUGCCAUUCCAAUUCGGUGGAUGCCGUUAGAGACAAUUCUAAACAAUAAAUUCACGAUUGAAUCUGAUGUUUGGUCAUUUGGUGUGGUGAUGUGGGAAAUAUUCUCUUUUGCUUUACAGCCUUACUAUGGCAUGGCACACGAAGAAGUAGUGAAAUACGUCAAAGACGGUAAAGUAUUGGCAUGUCCGGACAACUGCCCCUUGGAGAUUUAUGAUCUCAUGCGCCUCUGCUGGAGUCGAAAACACGUUAAUCGACCAUCCUUCGAAAGCCUAUACAAAUCUCUAAACGCACUGCAUAGUCGCUAUUUACUGGAAAAACGGCUUAAAGAAGUUGUAUAAUCGAAACAUACCCCUCGCAGUAGGGAGGGGUACGGCUAAAGAUGAGGUGAAAUAAAAAUGAGAAAGAAGGGGAGGAUGACGUGCAAGAAUUUGGUGCAAGAAAAACGUAAAAGCAUUUGAGAAGACACAAGAAAGAUUCAGAAGCAAUCUGUCGAAUUUCUGGGACCGUUUCAUCCAGUUUUGGAUUUAUUCUUAAGAAAUUGUCUCUGCGGACAUCACGUAUUGUCAUUCUUGAUGAUCAUUGUUAAAUAAAACUCUAGAAUUUUCCUUCUCAUUUCAUCACCAUAAAAGUUUUAUACGAACUUGCAUCUUGCACAAGAAUAGUUUCAAUAUGCAUUAACAAGAUGUAGAGAGCUAUUCUUUCUGACAGUAUAGGAUACGGUCGAGAGUGACACUAUUAAACAAUGGACACAGAACACAGUCAUACUAGAGUUAUAUAUUUACAUACACAGCAAUGGCACCCUUGUGUAUGCGAAAAUACUGUAAGAAGUUUUGAAGUUUCAUUUUUAUAUUUUGCAGUUUUUUUUUCUCUUUUUUUUUUCACGUCAGAACUUCUUUCAGCGUUGCAAAUUGUACGACGCCAUUGUAAAAUGUCACUGAAUCGGUAUAGAACGGUGCAAAACAUGACAUUUGCAUACCUGUAUAACGCUGAUGAUGUAUAGCCACGAUUGUAAUAUAUCUACCUUAUAUGACCCACUAUUGCAACAUAUACUCAUGUAUAUAUAACUAUACAUAUAUAUACAUAUACAUGUGUACAUACACAUACAUAUAUACUUAUAUAAUCAUAUUAUGUGUAUGUAUAUGUGUGUGUGUAUACAUACACA